UUUACUAGUGAUCAACAUCUUAUCAGUUAAUUGGCCUUCAUUCCGCACGCGCAAAAAUGUUAGUUUGUAUUGAUAUCACUGCCAGAGGCCAUGAACUAUGAGCAUGUAAUAAUAAGAAAACGCACUUCAAUAAUAUUUUAGUGAUGGUUAAUAAAUUACGUUUAACUUUUCGUUAGCAUAAUUUCUUAUAGUGAAUGUCUUUAAUCAUACUUUUUAUUUGACUUUGCAUCGUAACGUUGAUGUUUUUUUUUCUAAGACUAAGCUUAAUGAAGUACUAUAAAAGAAGACUUAUAAAUGUAUAUUUUAACUGUCAUGUAACUAAUGUUGAACAUUGAGUCUUUCAAAACUUGGCCGUGGCUAGGCAAGCAUUAUGGUUGCCUGCUCGGUACUAUUAUUAUUUUGGACUUUGGUCUCAAUAAAGUUGACUUUGGGUCAAGAUUAUACUUCUCAAUGGGCAGUUCAUAUCGAAGGAGGUUUAAAAUUAGCCAAACAAAUAUCAGAAAAACAUGGAUUUCAUAUUAUUGGAGAGAUAUUUCCAGAUUACUAUCAUUUAGAACACAGACACAUAUCAAAGCGAUCAGCUAACCCAGGUCUUGAAUAUCAUGAAAAACUUAUUUCUGAACAAAAUGUUAAAUGGGCAAAACAACAAAAACUACUAAUUAGAUCAAAAAGAGAUUUUAUAGCAUUUAAUAGAGAUAAUGGUAACCCAAAAAGAUAUUCAAUAAAAGGAGGAUUAAAUGAUCCGAAAUGGCCAAAAAUGUGGUAUUUGAAUCGUGGUAGAGAUAUUGAUAUGAAUGUUCAAGGUGCUUGGGAGGAAGGAAUUACUGGUAAAGGCUCUGUUGUAACAAUUUUGGAUGAUGGAUUAGAAAAAGAUCAUCCUGAUUUAGUAAAAAAUUAUGAUCCAUUAGCUAGCUAUGAUAUGAAUAGCAAAGAUGAAGAUCCAAUGCCUAGGUAUGAUCAAAUGGAUACAAAUCGGCAUGGCACAAGAUGUGCUGGUGAAGUAGCUGCUACAGCUAAUAAUUCCAUGUGUUCUGUUGGUGUGGCUUAUGGUGCCUCUAUUGGUGGUGUACGAAUGUUGGAUGGUGAUGUUACAGAUGCAGUUGAAGCUCGUUCCUUGAGUUUAAACUCGCAACAUAUUCACAUAUAUAGUGCUUCUUGGGGUCCAGAUGAUGAUGGAAAAACUGUUGAUGGACCUGGAGAAUUAGCUACUCGAGCAUUUUUAGAAGGUAUAUCUAAAGGUCGUAGCGGUAAAGGGUCUAUUUUUGUAUGGGCAUCAGGAAAUGGUGGCCGAGAGCAUGACAAUUGUAACUGUGAUGGUUAUACAAAUGCAAUAUGGACAUUAAGUAUUAGUAGUGCUACUCAAAAUGGUCAUGUUCCUUGGUAUUCAGAAGCCUGUAGUUCUACUUUAGCAACAACAUAUAGCAGUGGAAGUAACUUUGAAAGUCAAAUAAUAACCACAGAUCUUCAUCAUGAUUGUACUAAUAACCAUACUGGUACAUCUGCUUCAGCACCAUUGGCAGCUGGAAUAGUAGCUUUAGCUUUAGAGGCUAACAAUGAAUUAACAUGGCGAGAUAUGCAACAUAUUGUGGUUUUAACUGCUAGACCUACACACUUAUUGGCUUCAGACUGGGUUGUAAAUGGAGUUGGUCGUAAAGUAAGUCAUUCUUUUGGAUAUGGAUUAAUGGAUGCAACUGCAAUGGUGAGAUUGGCACGCCGGUGGAAAACUGUUCCAGCUCAACAUGUUUGUAACAUAACUGCUCAAGUUUUUGAUAAACCAGUUCCUGCUCGUAGUUCUGUGACUAUACAUCUGUUGGUUAAAGAGUGCAAUAGAGUGAAUUUUUUAGAGCAUGUUCAAGCCAAGAUAUCAUUAUCAGCUAAUAGACGUGGGGACAUUAAAAUAGAUUUAACUUCUCCUAGUGGAACCCGUUCAACACUUCUUGCUCCAAGAACUCAUGAUAAUUCUCAUGCUGGUUUUCAUGUUUGGCCUUUUAUGACUGUACAUAUGUGGGGAGAACGUCCAUUUGGUGUAUGGCAAUUGACUAUACAUAAUGAAGGAAAGUUACUAGGUCGAUCUUCUUUACAUGAAUGGUGUUUGAUCUUAUAUGGUACUAAAUUUUCUCCAAGGACUACAACAUCAAAUUAUCCCAUAGGGCCUAUUCUAAAACAAACAUCUCGACGAAAUCAAAAAAAUUCUAAAAAAAUAAAACUUAUUAGUCAAAAUACAACUGCAGGCAAUAAAAAUAUUUUAGUAAAACAUGAGGAAUCUAGUUUUAAACCUAAUGUUCAUUUUGUUCUUUUUCCUAUACAAAAUUCUUCUAAAUUAUCACCAACACUCUCAGAUAAUAUUCAAAUAUACCCUAAUAGUCAUAAACUAUAUGGCUUACAUAAUGUGAAUACCAAACCAGCGAAAAAAAAUUUAUCACCCAAAAGUAAUACAUCACCUUCAACAACAGCUACUUUAACUGACUGGGAAAUGGUAUUCUAUGGUACAAUAUUGCCACCUACAGAUGUGUCACAAACUCUUCUGACUUCAAUUCGCGUGAACAAUAAUAUAACAGUAGAUGAAUAUAGUGAAAAUAGUAUAAAAUCAGGAAACUGUCGUGUGACUACUACAUCAUGUUUAGAAUGUUUACGAGAAUACAAAAUUUAUCACGGAAAAUGUUAUGAUAAAUGCCCUCCUAGAACGUACCAAGAGAACUACUACGGUCUUUGCGCUGAUUGUCAUUAUUCAUGCUAUAAAUGUAACGGACCAAAUGAUUACCAAUGCACAGUAUGUUGGGAAGAUGCUGAAUUAAUACAUACUCUAGGUCAAACUUUUUGUUAUCCAAAAUCGAUAAAAAGAUUGUUAGAUGAUCGAACAUGGCAUACUUAUUCCACAAUUUUAUUAAUAAUUAAUAUAAUUUUAUUACUAGUAUUUUUCAAAUGUAAGUUUUGUAUGAGCAAUAAUAAUUUAACAGAUAUUGCAAACUAUAGAUUAGCUAACCAAAUUGAUGGUGAUGACUAAAGAGCGAUUAAAAUUCUCAUUUCGGUUUUUUCUGCAAAUAAUUACUCUUAAUAGAUAAAUUUAGAAGAUACUUAAAAUUUAAUUUAAAAUAAAUUUAUUUUAUUUAAUUCUGUUAAAUUUAAGGAAUAUUUUUUAAAAGUAUCAAAUUUCAUUAUGUUAAAUUUUUAGUACUAAUUACCUUGAUUUAGAAAAUUUACUCUAAAAUAUUAUUUAAAAACUGUUAUUUUAAAAGCUUUUUUUUUGUAACUUCAAACAAAUUAUUUUAAUAAAAUAUAUGAUUUGAAUUUACUGUAAGUGACGAAUCAAAGCUCAGUGCUAAGAAUGUCAACCUUGUGAUUUAAUUACCACUUUUCAGAAUAAUCAUAGUUGAUUGAAUGACUAUUGGAUAAUGUAAAUAAAAUGUUAUUUAUUUUUUAUAAAUGAAAAAAUAUAUAUUUAUUUAUACCAAUAAUAAAAUUCAUAGAUAAGAUUAA